AUGUGUGCGUGUAUGAGAUGGGAAUGGGUGGUGCACAGGGGUUUUUGUAUAAGAACUGUCAGAAGAGGGCGGUAAUGUACCGUACACAAGAGUGCCAUCUGCCGUUAAAUAGUGGUGAGCAAAACCGUUCAUUUCAGUGAACCGGGAUCAACCAAAAGUAGAAGAAGAAAAAGAAGAAGAAGAAGAAGAGGAAGAAGAAGAAGAAGAAGAAGAAGAAGAAGAAGAAGAAGAAGAAGAAGAAUGGGGCUUGGUGGGUAUUAUUGUUGUUUUAAGAGUAUGAAUCAUUUUCAUUUUGUUUUUUACAAGUUCAUCUGAAAUUCCGCAUAAACCGUAAUCACUUAUAUCACUUUUACUUUGUGUUUCAGGAACGUUUGUCGUCAUUGGAGCCGGGGCAGGUCAGCAUUUUUGAAGUGUCAAGUAUUUCACACUUACCUUCAUGUACGGGAGCCUUACAUCUACCUUCUGUCUUUUUCUCUGUCCAUGAGCAGUGGGUACUGUGGCCCUGGUCCCUGUUGCUCUCGGGGCAGCAGGAUUUACUUCAGCUGGAAUAGCAGCGGGUUCACUGGGAGCUAAAAUGAUGUCAGCUGCUGCAGUUGCUAAUGGAGGUGGGGUGGCAGCAGGGAGUGUUGUAGCUACUCUACAGUCAGCAGGUAAUCACCACUCUCAAAUAAUGAUUAAUUACCUUAUGCUGUCAGAAAUGCAUAAUCAGUAAGUGUCAUUAAUAUUUUCACAUGAAAAACCAUAAUACAUUACAAGACAUUAAAGUCCUUUAUUGUCGUCCAGAUUGAUUUAUUUGCUUGGGUCACCUGUCUGGCUGCCAUCAGCAUCAUGUCAGGCACUGCACUGCCAUGUUAUUUUUUCUUUUGAAAUUCCUAACCAUGUUUUCUCACUUUGUCCUCUCCUUUAAACCACUCUUUUUUUUUCUGAAAAAAAAACAAAGUCAAAAUUUCAACAUGAUGUCAUGAAUCGGAGUUAAACAAAAAGGGAACGGACCCAAAUGCAGACCAAAAAAAAGGGGGGUUAAUUUAAAAGGAAUUAAAUAAGAAACAACAAGAACUUAAUAUAAAUCUAUAAAACUUAUAAGACAGGACUACAGGGGGACAGAAACACUAAGAAAAAACACUCAAAUAACAAAACCAGGGGAAAACUAAAUACCAGAACAUAUCAUGACAACUGCUGAUAAGCAAACUCUCAAUGUUGAUUUUUGUCCUUUUUAAACUUUUUUUAAAAUCAGCCGCGGGGAUGAUUGUGCUUGAGGUGCGCAUGCAUGUUCUUUGUUGACCUGUUGAGGAAUAGCACCCAAAGUUAAUUAUUUAGUGCAAUUUUGUUUACAGACUCGAGACUCCACUUUAUUUAUUGUUUAAUAGUUAUGUGUGGAGUGAAGUUUUUGUUCCGUACCAGAGACGAGGUCUAUUUUUUAAUUGUUUGUAGUUGUGAUUUUGUUUUUUAUUUGAAUGCAGUUUUUGAUAAAACAGAAUGAGGGUCCAUUUUGUUUUCAUUGUUUUUUGGUUAUCUUGUUUGUUUAUUAUAUUUGUUCAUCCUGGUUCAAAGUUCUUAAUCUUGAGCAAUUAAAGUUUAUUGCCUUUGACAUGGUGUACUCGCAUUAUUACGCCAUAUAUUAUCAUUAUCUAUAAUUUAAGAAACGGUGUCAAUAAUAUCGUUUAUCAGCAAUAAUUUGUAGCACAAUUAUCGUCCAGCAAAAUUUGUUAUCGUGACAGGCCUAAUGCCAGGAAUACAAGAUGGAAUCUCAAAAUCUGUUUUCGUCUUGCAAUCGAGCGGCCAUAAUGACAAAAGUCGAGCAGUUAGGUCUUUAAUUUUAGAACAAGAUUCUACCAUUUCUCUCGCAGCUAAAUAAAAUCUUCUGUAAUCUCUCUGCAGGUGCAGCCGGCCUGUCGGGAGCUGCUACAACAGCUGUGGCCAGUGUUGGGGGAGCUUUCGGUUGGCUAACUACCCGCUUUGGCAGAUGAACAGCACCUUUUGAAUUCAAGAAAGCAUGAUCUGUUUUGUGAUGUAUUUGCCAAACAUGUGUAAGAGUGUUUAAGUAUUAAUUCAACCAUUUGUGUCCAUAAAUUUGAUAAUUGUUAUUGAUUUAAGAUGUUCUGAGACUGGGUUCUUGCAUGUUGUGCUGCUGAUCUGUGCAUUGAUAGUUCUUUCCAACACUAUAAUGAGAAGUAAAAUUUCAUUUCUCUUGGUUUACUGCAGUGAAUUCAAGCAGUCGCUGAACUCUUCAGUCUCCUGCUCAAGAACAGUCUUAUCUCAAUAAAACUUUUAUUGCUUUUGAUACAUGUCAUUGUAAAAUAAUAAAGUUAUUUAAAUCCACCUGAGCCUCGCCAUUUGCAAUGUCAUUGACUGAAUAUGAUGAGCUGUUUUAACGACAAAAUAAAUAGCUAAAAAGUUGAAUACCUGUGACUUUGACAAAGGAGGCAAAUUUUUGUCAACCUAUACAAAAAUAGAGGGACUUGGAUUGCUGCGUUGCCUCUGAAAUCUGCCUGUUAGCAGGGAAAUACUGUCCUCUACUGGUACAAAAUUCGUGGUGCAUGGAUUUUCACAGAAUAUAAAUUCCUUACUUAAAAAUAACGAAAAAACUCCACCAGGUGAUUUCACUGAUUAGUGAGGUAAUCAGUGAAACAUCUGGUGGAGUUUUGGGUUGGAAAGUAAACCUGAUUGCCCACCCCUAAUGUAUUUCGUUCACAGGCGCACUAAGUUUCGUUUCUCAUGAAAUGGGCUGAAACCCAAAGCAAACCCGAACCUGUGGCGAACUACCGAAUUUGCAGUAAGGGCGAAACAUGGACUUCUGUGAGUAUCUCUGUUUCCUAAGAAAAACUAGUUAUUUAAUGAGAUUAAGCCUGCUGUUUUAUUUAUCUUUUCAAAUUAUCAUUUUACUCAUAGUACCUAAUAAUAACUCCUGUAAGAGGUUAUGUCAAACAAGAGCCGAUUGCUGUUUUUAAUGUGUUUCAGAUACAGCUGCUGCCGUUGUAGCAGGAGGAGGUAAAAUUUUCCUUUAUAAACUUUUUUUGUUUAAACUCUGGGGUGGUGUGUUUCAGAGAAAAGUAAAAAGAGUUACACAUGAUCCGUCUUGAAUGGCCAACAUAUUUUUUUUACACGAAGUUUUUCUCUGCUGUGUUUUUGUCUUUGAGCAGUGGGCGCUGUGGUUCUGGCCCCUGUUGCUCUCGGGGCAGCAGGAUUUACUUCAGCUGGAAUAGCAGCGGGUUCACUGGGAGCAAAAUUGAUGUCUGCCACUGCUGUUGCUAAUGGAGGUGGGGUGGCAGCAGGGGGUGUCGUGGCUGCUCUGCAGUCAGCAGGUAACCUUGGGCUAAGAUAAAGAUGUUAUAACUCGUUAAGACAAAAUUGGUCAACAGUAAGGAGAGUGGGGUAAGUUGAGCCAAAGGGUAAGUUGAGCCGCCCCCUGUUGCUUGAAAAUGGUAAAACAAAUUGAUCAUAUGACCAAAUAUUUAGGCGAUGGGCAUCAAUUCAUGGAGUCUGUGAAGUUUAGAAGCACAUGGGUGAAGGGGUUACAUUUAUUUAAAAAAAAAAAAAAAAAAAACAUUUUUCACUCUUGAAAGUGAAUUUAGUCUUUCAUAAAUUUUUUAUUAGAAUUGUGUUCAGACCAAAAAAGAUCAUUUUAAAUUAGUUUUAUACAAACACUUCUGGUAUCUGUGAGCCACAACACAAGGUCAAAAACUUAACAUAAAAGUCCACCAUUUUAGCUUAGCGGACUAAUAAAGUCAUAAUAGUGGUAUUGAGGUAACUAACUAAGUUAAUUAGUCUGAUUAGAGGAUCAGAGUUUCAGUUCAGAUUGUCGAAAUGUGUUCCUUGUUCUUUUCAAAAAUACAGCUGUGAAUGUUCUGAAUCACUUAAAGGCAUUCUCAUGUUAAAAUGGCUUUUUGCAGCUUAUAUGCAAUUAUAAUUAAAAGAAUGAUUGUACCAGUUGAAUAGUGUAUAAUAGAUAAAAAUACAAAUGAAUGUGAAGAAAUCAUUGAUAUUUAGGGAGAGAGAAGGUGAGGGAGGGCUGGAGUGGAGAGUGGGGGGGUAGUAGGGAUACGGCUCAACUUACUCCACUCCUACAGUCAACUUACCCCAUACACGGGGUAAGUUGACUGUAGGAGACCACUUUUCUUGGCAUGUUUUAUUAUCAAGACAGUUGUGUUUACACUCAUUUUGUUGGUUUGCAGGGAUCCACAACAUCUUGGAACACUAGUUAGAGACAAAUCUAUGAUUGCCUUGAUGUAGUGAUCUGAAAUAUGAAAAAUGGUUAAUCUUACCCCACUCUCCCCUAUAGUUUAUCAGCAAAAAUUGAAGAAAACAUUGUGAAAGUGGUACUGAUUCUGUUUUCCUGCAGCUCAAAAGUCCUCUGUAAUAUUUCUGCAGGUGCAGCAGGCCUGCCUGCUGCUGCUAAUGCAGCUGUGGCCGGCGUUGGAGGAGCUGUGGGGUGGCUGUGGGGUGGCUAAUCAGGACAAUUAAAAUACAAGAUUCAUUAACCGCAUUGUAAUUUUGCCAGAAGAAGGACGCUUGAAAAAAGGUAACAUAUAAAUGGCGCUAUCGGUGACACUAAUGCUAUUUAAAGACAAUGCAGAUUAUUUCUUGUUUCUAAAUUAUUGUUCUCUCUUUUGAGUUGCUUGGUAUGUAUAUAUUAAUAUUUUUUGUGCUCUUCACCAGAAUAUGAAAAAUGCACCGUCUGUUCUAUUGCCAAUCCAAGGGAAUCAAUAACAUGUGACCCUCAUAGUGCUGAAGAGGACAAGUUGGGCUCUCACCACAUCCAACAUUCAACUGUAUGA